GUUCCUCUAUAAAUACCUCCAAAUAGCUGUUGUCCGAAAGUACUGUAUUAUAGCGCCCUUACAGUUGUAUGACAAGAACUCUACCAUCGGUUAACACUCGAACUAGCCAAGAAUCCCGACCAAUCCUUACCACGAUGGGAACCCCGCCAAACAUGACAGCGCUGGUCGUCCGCGUGACGGAUGGCCAACAACACCCAAAGCUGUCCAAAGAAGAGAUCCCCCGACCCUCUCCAGCCUCGAAUCAAGUGCUGGUAAAAUUGUCGCAUGCCGCACAAAACCCGACCGAUGUGCAAUCCUUUGACAGUAACGCCUUUGGUGAUGGAGCUGUUCUGGGAUGCGACUUUGUCGGUGAGGUUAUUGAGCUAGGUAGCGAUGUUGCGCGUCUAUCCAAAGGUGAUAUCGUUGCUGGCUUGGUCUGGGGAGGAGAGGUGAAAGGCCUCGGCGCAUACAGCCAGUACUGCCUAGCAGACGAGCGGAUCUCAUUCAAACUACCAACCAACAUCGACAUCUCGCGCGCAGAAGCCAGCACUAUUCCUCUCGCCGCAGCUACAGCCUGGCUAGCUCUCUUUUCCAAAGGCUGCCUUGCGCUCAACCGCAACCAGGCUAAGGGGACUAGAGUUCUGGUGUGGGGUGGUAGCUCAAGCGUCGGUUUAUAUACCAUCCAACUCGCCUCUCUCUGCGGCUUCGAAGUAGUGACGACAUGCAGCCCAAAGCACUUCAAUCUGGUAUGCGCCUCUGGCGCCAAGUAUGCCUUUGACUACAAAGACAAGGAUGUUGCUGAACAGAUCCGGGGACUGGCGCCGGGUCUACGCCAUGUCUUCGACACUAUCGGCAACGCGACUUCGUCUGCUACUGCUUCACGCGCACUUCAUCCCGGGCUUGGAAAUCUCUGCACUGUGCGUCCUGGAAAGGCUAAUACGAAGAACGUUGUCCCGGGCACGCGCGUCACGGAUGUGUUGGUUUGGACUGCUUUCCUCAAAGAUCACAGCUAUGGAGAGUUUAAGUGGCCUGCCUCGAAGGAUGACCACGAGCUCACCAGCGAGUUGUUCGAAAAGCUACCCGGAUGGUUGGAGAAAGGCAGCUUGAAACCAAAUACGCCGAAAUUACUCAAAGGAUUAGAUGCGGUGGCGGACGGAUUUCAGGAGUACAGAGACGGGAAGAUCUCAGCGUACAAGAUAGUUUACGAGCUUUGAGUCUACCAUGAGCUAUGAAAUUGACACUGCUCCCGUGAAUUGAUUAUUCUAACAUGGUACACAGCUGUCAUUAUCAAGCUCCAAGACCAUUAUGACCACCAAUAUGAAAUAACGAUUACGUUCCAUUCUUUCCAUUCAUAUAGAUCAUGCUUGAUUAUACUUUUGUUGUAAUUGGACAAAGUCCGACGCUUAGGGGAUACUAGAGUCGUGGAAUCACA